GGGUUAUGUCCCUUGAGCAUGUGCUUGUGACGUCACAACUGCAGUGGUGCAGCCAUUUGCAUUUGUUGUGUUUGGUCGAAGUCGCAGUAAUCGUGGUUACUUUGCCGGUUUGAUGUUGCUUUAAAAGAUAUUAAUCAUGUCCUUCCCAUCAAGACAGCCCAUAGGAAUGCCUCCUAUGGGCCCGGGAAUGAUGCAUCAAUCAGGCUAUGCCUUUGCUCCUAUGGGCAUGAUGCCAAUGGGCAUGGGAAUGAUGGCACCACCUCCAAUGAUGAGACCAAUUGUUGCAUCAUCUAGCUCAUCAAAUCAGAACAAUGUCAAGUCCUCCAAGAAGCUUGUUCCCCAGGAGAUACCAAAGGAUGACAAGAAAGAUGAGAAGCCACCAGUCACAACAGUAUUCAUAGGCAACAUCAGUGACAGGGCUCCUGACAUGAUGAUAAAACAGAUGUUACAGAGGUGCGGAAAUGUGCUCAGUUGGAAAAGAGUUCAAGGUGCUUCAGGAAAAUUGCAAGCUUUUGGUUUCUGUGAAUAUGAAGACCCAGAAGCCACAUUGCGAUGUAUUCGACUGCUCAAUGAAUGGAAUAUUGCAGAUAAGAAAUUAGUUGUUAAAGUUGAUGCCAAAACAAAGACAUUGCUAGAUGAAUAUCGAGCGAAAAAGAAGGCAAAGGAGGCCAGUUCCGAGAAUGGUGAUGAUAAACAGUCUAAUGGAGAGAAGGAGGGUGAGGAAGAAACGAAACCUCUAGAAGAUGAUGAUGAACUCGAUGAGGAUGGAAAGAGAGAAGAUCGAGUGGCACGAGCUGGUCUGGAGGCGAUCAUGAGAGAAUAUACAUUUGAAUUAUCAAAACCUUCAUACUCUGAACAAGACAAAGAACCGAAAGAGAGGCCGAAGAAGAAGGAAGACAAGGGAAUCAUAGCAGAUACGGGUCUUGAUGAUAUGGAACUGGAGGAAGACAAGCUUCAGAUAAUAAACAGAGAAAUCCAGUCCUUUCGUGAUUUACACAAGGAUGAGGAAGAAGAUGCGGACACCACAGAGCGUGAACGGCGGACUGAAGAUAAACAAAGACGUCGUGAGCGGGAGAGAAUGAGAGAAAAAGAGAGGGAAAGAAUGAGGGAAAGAGAGAAGGCCCUAAGAGAAAAAACCCGAUCCCGUUCUCGGUCGCCAUCACCGAGAAGAUCCAGACGAAGAUCUAGAUCACGUGACAGAUCCAGAGACAGAUCACGAGAAAGGAGGAAGGAGAGAGAAUUGGAGGAAGAGGAAGAAGCCUAUGAGAGACGGAAGCUGGAGAAGAAGCUCCGAGAGAAGGAGGCAGCAUACCAGGAGAGACUGAAAAACUGGGAGGCAAGAGAAAGGAAGAAAUCUCGAGAAUAUGACAAAGAGAAGGAGAGAGAAGAGGAGAGAAAAGCAGAAGAGCAAAGGGAAGCAAGAAGGUUGAAAGAAUUCUUGGAAGAUUAUGAUGAUCUCAGAGAUGACCCAAAGUAUUUCAAGGGCAGUGCAUUAGCUAGAAGACUGAAGGAGAGAGAGAAGGAAAAAGAAGCUGACUCGAGAGAUAGACAGAGAGAGAAGGAAGAAUAUGAAGAACUACGGAGGAAACUCAUGGAGGAGGGCCAUCCUGAUCCAGAUGCAGAACUGGCUAGGCUGGAGAAGGAACGAGAGGAGCACCUGCAGCCCCGAUUACAUCUUCAAGAAUCCGAACCCUCCACACCAGAGAAGGAGGUGGUCAAGGAGGAACCCCCACCACCAGUUGUCCACAACUCAGACUCAGAUUCUAAAUCUAAGAUGCAACCAACACUGAAGCCAGUGGAAGUGAAAGCAUCACCCCCAUCAAAUGAAGCUAGUUCGUCAGAUGAAGACACUAGAGGCAGCUUCCCCAGUGUCAACUACUCAGAUGACAGCCAGCCACCCACCAUGGGUCAAGCCAUGAAAGAUGAACCAACAAAGCUCGGUUUUAGUGGUCUCAAGCUUGGCUCAGCAAGUCCAAGUGAAGGCAGUGGCACUAAGAGGAAGAAGCUUACAGUGGGGGAUGUAUUUAAUCAAGAUGAUGAGGACAGUAUGGACUCAAAGAAAAGGAAGUUGAUCCCCUUGGAUUAUGAUGAAGAGAAGGGGGAUAAGAAACCAUCAACUGCAGAGGAAAAGCGACAGCGCAUUAAACACCUUAUUGAAAGCAUUCCGACAGCCAAAGAUGAAUUGUUCAACUAUAAACUUGAUUGGAAUAUUGUGGACCAGAGUCUCAUGGACAAGCGCAUCAAACCAUGGGUGAAUAAGAAGAUCAUUGAGUACAUUGGAGAGGAGGAACCUACGCUGACGGACUUCAUCUGUCAAAAGGUUGUUGCCAGGAGCACACCACAGAGUAUACAGAAUGAUGUAGCAAUGGUUCUGGAUGAAGAAGCUGAAGUGUUUGUGGUCAAAAUGUGGAGAUUAUUAGUGUAUGAGACAGAAGCCAAGAAACUAGGAUUGGUCAAGUGAAACUGGCUGAACCUUUUAUACAUGUCUGUGAGUGGAUGGAUACAUGAAAGAAGAAUGCCUGCCUGCUGAAUGCGAGAAUGUUUGUAUUAUUCUCUAAGUGCUGUGUGACAUCGCUUGUGGAGCGACGUGCAGAGAGACAACUAUUACUGUCGGUAUAGGAUGUUAUGUCAACUGCCUAGAGAGUGGGAACUUGAAACCACCUGUAUAGACUUUCACAAAUAUUUUCAGUUCUUGUCCCAUCAGUAAUUUUGAAUUACUUUUGAGAUGUGUCAAAGAAAUGUCUGUGUUCACACUAUUCCAGAUCAUAUCGUCUGUCAAGGAAGGACUUGACAUUUAUGCUUGUUUCUGGAAAUUGUUUAAAACCGAAAACGUCAUUUGACAAUUCUUACCAUGGGGUUUGUGUUGUUAUCUGGUUGUUACUGGACUAUCAUGUGUACAAGAUUUGUUUUAAACCAGAGUCUGUAAUGAUAUGUUACCGGUGUUGGUCAUGUUCUGGGAAAGAUGAAUGAUUUCAGAUAUAACAGACAUCGUUAUUUUAGAUUCCAGUGUAAAUAAGGGGGUAACAAUCAUUUUCAUGUUCAAUUCAUCACUGAAAACAUGCAUUUUGCAUAUUAUGUCAAUUUUUGACUUUCAUUUUUGUACAUGAAGAUUCUUAAUUCCUCAGUCAAACACAUCAUUUCUUUGGCCUACCAGAACUUAAUUCUCAUUCAUUCCCUGUAAUUGAUGGCCGCUGCUUGAUCAGUGCUGUCUCACAAUUGUAUACAUUCUUAUUGUAUAACAUCCUACAUGGCAGCAAUAAAUGUAAAUAACUGGA